AGUUUCUACAGCCAUCGUGAUCAGUCGUAAUCAGUCAAAUUAAUACAUUUUAAAAUAUGUUUUGUCGGCAGAGUCCUACCCCCACCUCCACGCGGUGCCGACUGGAAACGGAAUUCCGGUUCCGGCCAACGGGGGAGGCACAGAAGGCAAACUGUAUAAAACCGAACACCGGCGGAUCAACACCAGUGACCAGAGGGCCAACAUCGCCCUCCAACCACCGACAACCGACCGAAGGCUCGACGCGAAGACAACCGGGAAGCGGGGACCAAACGGUUAGAUCGCCCAGCGCCUCAGUACCAUCAUCCAAAACUGCCCACAGCGGCAAUUGUGCCCUUGGGCAUUAGUAGGACACCCACAGCACGGCUUGGUCACCGUCCGGGUGAUCGCGAUUGAUGUGGAAGGGCGCUCGGGUCGAACGCCUCAAGUCUCCGCCGACCGGGAACUCAACGCACCGAGCAGCACGCAGCAAGAGACACGGAGGAAACAGAAGGAAAACUGUAUAAAACCGAACACCGGCGGGUCAACACCAGCGACCAGAGGGCCAACAUCGCCCUCCAACCACCGACAACAGACCGAAGGCUCGAUGCGAAGACAACCGGGAAGCGGGGACCAAACGGUUAGAUCGCCCAGCGCCACAGUACCAUCAUCCGAAACUGCCCACAGCGGCAAUUGUGCCCUUGGGCAUUAGUAGGACACCCACAGCACGGCUUGGUCACCGUCCGGGUGAGCGCCUUUCCUCGGGCCGAACGCCUCAAGUCUCCGCCGACCGGGGACCCAAUACGCACCGAGCAGCAGUAGCAAGACACACGGAGGAAACAGAAGGAAAACUAGGAAACCAACAACGGCGACACGCGAACUCCACAACAGCUCAAGGAGAAGACGCGACGAACGAGAAGUCAAGACUGGCUGGCAGCGAAGCUGGGUCGAGAACAGACAAACGAAAUCAGCAGGCCUUCAGCCAAAAUGUUAUUCCUCACCCGAUAAAAUGUAAUAAAAUUAAUUUAAAUGUGCGCCCUCAGGGGACCCAAAAAAAAAAAAAAAAAACAGGUGUAAAACAUUAUAUAAAUUGUAUUAACUUUAUGUAUAAUAAACGAUGGCGGCGCCGCGGCAGUAAUGCGAAAGCAGUUCCCGCGGCGCCGUCGGUUAUAAACAGAAAAAAAAAAAAAGUUAAUAAUUUAUUUAAAAAUAAUUUUUGAAAAUGUAAGCCGAUUUAAUUUUUUUUCAUUUGUAGUAAUUAUUAAGUUAAGUAUUAAAUAAAGACAUUAAAAUUAUUAUGUACAAUAAAAACGUCGUUAAAUAUGAAAUUAUGUACCUAUACCUAAAAUUCUGAUUACUUAAAAGUAAAAAAAAUUUUUAUGGCCCGCGGUAAAAAUUUUUUUUUUCUGGCCCGAGGUAAAAAAAGUUUGGCCACCACUGGUCUAGGCGAUCAGCAGUGAAUUUUAUAUAUCGUCGGCUACCCAGUAACCCACUGUUUUAGUCAUUCUUUAAACCUCUGUCUCUCAAAGGCAUGCGAGGUAUCUUCAAUUAAAAAUAUGAACGGUAUAAUUGGUACAGUUGUUACAUUUUUUUCUUAUUCAGCGAAACGUAUGGAUAAAUUAAAACAUUUCAUUGAUGCAAGUAAUUCUAAUAAAAGUGGUCAUAAUACAAAAAAAAACAAAAUUAAAAAAACUUUGUGAAACACGAUGGGUUGAUCGACAUGAUUCACUUAUAACAUUCAAAGAACUGUACAUUUAUAUAAUUUCUACUCUAGAACAUCUUGAGAAAUAUGAUACAAAUCCUGAAACGUCAACCAAAGCGUCGUUAUAUGUGAGUGCUAUAACUAAGAGUGAUUUCCUUAUCUCUCUGGAAGUAGCUGUAACUUGCUUCUCAUAUAUAAUACAAUUAAGUCAAGUACUACAAAGUAAACAGCAAGACCUAUCUAAAGCUUUAAAUGAUGUUAUGAUUGUUAGAGAAGCUUUAGAAGCCAUUCGAGAAGAUGCUGAUAAAUCCUUUAAGGAAAUAAUGAAAAAUGUUACCACAAUAGCUUCUGAACUUGAAAUUGAAAUACGCAUGCCUCGAAUCUGUGGGAGACAAACUGCCCGAAACAAUGUCAAUGCCAAAGACGCAGAGGAAUAUUAUAAAAUAGUAAUAUUUAUACCAUUUCUUGAUAAUUUAAUCUUACAGUUGCAUUCAAGAUUUGAUAAAAUACUAGAAACAAUUAUACCACUAGAAGGACUCAUACCAUCUAAUUUGUCACAUUAUGAUGACCAAGCAAUCUUAGCUGCUGCAUCUAUUUACGAGGAUGACUUUUUAGUUAGUAUGAAUACAUGUUUGAAAGCCGAGUUAUUCAUACGGAGAAAUCAAUGGCAAUUGAGAGAAAAUUUACCAGAGACUGCUGUAGAAGCAAUUCAACACUGCACAGAGCUUUUUCUAAAUAUAAAGAAGAUUCUUCAAUUAUUUGCUACUCUGCCUGUAACAUCCGCUACUCCAGAACGUACAUUUUCAGUUCUUAAAAGACUGAAAACAUAUUUAAGAGCUACAAUGAAUGAAGAAAGGUUGAAUGGUUUGGCCUUAGCUACAAUAAAUAAAGAUGAAUUGGAAUAUGAAAACGUAGAAAAAGAUAUAAUGACUGCAUUUAUAAAUAAAUCUCCUAGGAGGAUGAAAGUUGUAGAUUGGACAUAAUAAUAGUAUUAAAUAUAUUUACCUUCUAUUUAUUAAGUUGUUUGCAAUAAAUUAUUAUAAAUAAAAAGUUGUUAAAUAUUUUGUUAAUUUCAGCCGGAUGUAUUUAGUGUUUUAUGUGGUCACAUAAUAAGUAUACGAAUUAUCUCAAUUAUUUUUUAUAAUGAAAACAGUAAAAAUUUAAUUUUUAUAAGAU